UGGGAAGUAGAGUGAGACCCCUUUCAGGCUUAAGGUAUUGGGUUUCCAAGGAAAUUAAGGAAACACCAAUAUUGUCAAAAUGAUGCAGUCUGGGAUUCCUCUAUGCAACACCUGUGGUGAACAAGUGGGGCUUGAUGCCAAUGGGGAGGUUUUUGUGGCUUGCCAUGAAUGUAAUUUCCCUGUUUGCAAGACUUGUUUUGAUUUGGAUAUCAAGGAGGGGCGUAAAGCUUGCUUGCGGUGCAGCACUCCCUAUGAUGAUGAGAACUCACUGGCAGAUGAUGAAACAAAGGUUUCUGGCACUCGAUCUGCAAUGGCAGCUCACCUGGAUAAUUCUCAGGAUAUCGGAAUUCAUGCUAGGCACGUCAGCAAUGUGUCUGCUGUGGAUAGUGAAUUAAAUGAUGAAUAUGGGAAUCCAAUUUGGAAGAAUAGAGUAGAGAGUUGGAAGGAUAAAAAGGAUAAAAAGAGCAAGAAGAAAAAGGGUGCACCUAAGGAGGAAAAAGUGGCUCAAAUUCCACCUGAGCAGCAGAUGACAGAGAACCAUUCACCAGAUGCUGCGGAACCACUUUCAACUAUCAUUCCACUUCCACCUAACAAAAUCACACCAUACAGAGUUGUAAUAAUUAUGCGAUUGAUCAUUCUUGCCCUUUUCUUCCAUUAUCGAGUGACAAAUCCUGUUGACAGUGCUUAUGGUCUCUGGCUCACUUCUAUCAUAUGUGAGAUCUGGUUCGCUUUUUCCUGGGUGUUGGAUCAGUUUCCCAAGUGGUAUCCAGUUAAUAGGACUACAUUUACUGACAGGUUAUCUGCCAGGUAUGAAAGAGAGGGUGAACCCUCCGAGCUCGCUGCUGUGGAUUUCUUCGUGAGUACAGUUGAUCCAUUGAAAGAACCACCUCUGAUCACUGCAAAUACUGUGCUUUCUAUCCUUGCUGUAGACUACCCUGUCGAUAAAGUUUCUUGCUAUGUGUCUGACGAUGGUGCUGCAAUGCUUACUUUCGAAUCUCUUGCCGAAACAUCUGAAUUUGCAAGAAAGUGGGUUCCAUUCUGCAAGAAGUUUUCGAUUGAACCACGUGCACCUGAGUUUUACUUCUCACAAAAGAUUGACUACUUGAAGGACAAAGUGCAACCAUCUUUUGUGAAGGAGCGCAGAGCAAUGAAAAGAGAUUACGAAGAGUUCAAAGUGCGAAUGAAUGCUUUAGUAGCAAAGGCUCAAAAAACACCAGAAGAUGGAUGGACUAUGCAAGAUGGAACACCUUGGCCAGGAAAUAACUCACGUGACCAUCCUGGCAUGAUCCAGGUUUUCCUUGGACAUAGCGGUGCCUAUGAUAUUGAGGGAAAUGAACUCCCUCGAUUGGUUUAUGUCUCUAGAGAGAAGAGACCCGGCUACCCACACCACAAGAAAGCUGGUGCUGAAAAUGCUCUGGUAAGGGUGUCUGCAGUUCUCACAAAUGCUCCAUACAUCCUCAACCUUGACUGCGAUCACUAUGUUAACAACAGCCAGGCAAUUCGUGAGGCAAUGUGUUUCUUGAUGGAUCCGCAAGUUGGUCGAGGAGUAUGCUUUGUGCAGUUUCCUCAGAGAUUUGAUGGCAUUGAUCGCAGUGACCGAUAUGCCAACCGUAAUACGGUUUUCUUUGAUGUUAACAUGAAAGGACUGGAUGGCAUUCAAGGUCCAGUAUAUGUGGGGACAGGUUGUUGUUUCAAUAGGCAAGCCCUUUAUGGCUAUGGCCCUCAUUCCAUGCCCAGCUUAUCCAAGGCUUCAUCAUCGUCCUGUUCAUGGUGCGGCUGCUGCUCUUGUUGCUGCCCCUCUAAGAAGCCAUCUAAAGAUCUGUCAGAGGCUUACCGAGAUACAAAACGUGAGGAGCUUGAUGCUGCCAUAUUCAACCUCAGGGAGAUUGAUAACUAUGAUGAGUAUGAGAGGUCAAUGCUGAUUUCCCAGACAAGCUUUGAGAAAACUUUUGGCUUAUCAUCUGUAUUUAUAGAGUCUACACUAAUGGAGAACGGAGGAGUGGCCGAAUCUUCCAACCCAUCAACAUUGAUCAAAGAGGCGAUUCAUGUCAUUAGCUGUGGUUAUGAAGAGAAGACCGCAUGGGGAAAAGAGAUUGGUUGGAUAUACGGAUCAAUCACUGAGGAUAUCUUAACUGGUUUCAAGAUGCAUUGCCGUGGAUGGAGGUCAAUUUAUUGCAUGCCCAUGAGGCCUGCAUUCAAAGGGUCAGCUCCCAUUAACCUUUCCGAUCGACUGCACCAAGUUCUCAGGUGGGCACUUGGAUCUGUGGAAAUUUUCCUCAGUAGACAUUGUCCUCUCUGGUACGGGUUUGCAGGAGGCCGCCUCAAAUGGCUUCAGCGACUGGCAUAUAUUAACACUAUCGUUUACCCCUUCACAUCCCUCCCUCUUGUAGCUUACUGCACAAUUCCUGCAAUAUGCCUUCUCACAGGAAAAUUUAUCAUACCAACACUUUCAAACCUGGCAAGUGCCUUGUUUCUUGGUCUCUUCAUGUCCAUCAUUGUAACGAGUGUGCUCGAGUUGCGGUGGAGUGGUGUGAGCAUCGAAGACAUAUGGCGUAACGAGCAGUUCUGGGUGAUCGGAGGUGUCUCAGCCCAUCUCUUUGCUGUCUUCCAAGGAUUUCUAAAAAUGCUGGCAGGAAUUGAUACCAACUUCACUGUCACAAGUAAACAGGCCGAAGACGCAGAUUUUGGUGAGCUCUACAUGAUCAAAUGGACAACACUUUUGAUCCCCCCAACCACACUCCUCAUUGUCAACAUGGUUGGCAUUGUUGCUGGAUUUUCUGAUGCACUGAACAAGGGAUAUGAAGCUUGGGGCCCACUUUUUGGCAAGGUUUUCUUUGCCUUCUGGGUGAUUCUUCAUCUCUAUCCCUUCCUGAAAGGUCUCAUGGGACGCCAAAACCGGACCCCAACCAUUGUUGUCUUGUGGUCAGUGCUCUUGGCCUCUGUCUUCUCUCUCGUUUGGGUCAAGAUCAAUCCAUUUGUCACCAAAGUUGAUAGCUCAGCCCUUACUCAAAGCUGCAUCUCCAUAGACUGUUAAACAAACUUUUCCACGAUUUUGGCUUCAUUAUAUAGUUUCAAGGUCUGAGUAUCAAAAGUUCGCUUCUUUCUGGAAAUGCCAAUCAUAAAUUUUUUAUUUUUAAGUUUAGAAACAUUUGUAAUGAUUCUUUUUUUCUUUCUUUUGGGUUUUGGACAAUCAGUGUGUAAAGAAUUAAGCAUUCCUGCACAGUAUCAAUGUAAAAACCAGUGUUCGACAAA